UAUUCACUGUGAGGCUCUACAUCGAAACGCAAAAGGAGUUGUGUGAGGAUAUAACUGAAGAUCAAACAUACGUUUUACACUGGAACUAAGUAAAAUUCUGGAAACUCAUAUUGCAUAUAAAACUAAGAUAGCUGAACUAACCAAGCAGAAGAGGGUCCUGUUUUUUUCACCGUGAUGUGAGCAGAACCUGGAUCGCCAGUCGAACUCGACAUGUAUGACAAGAACCACAAAAGCAAUGAGCUGGAUGUGUUCUCCAAUGCCAGUGGGGCAGAGGGUGGAGGAGAGGAGGAGGCAGAAGAGGAGGAGGGUGAGGGAGAUAACACAGGAGAAGACGAGAAGACAGCGCUGCCUUGGCAGGACUCAGAGAAGAUCAAUGGAAAUGGAGGGAUGAAGAUGAACAGAACAGACACACUCAACUCCACCACCAGCUCUACUGGCACACAACGUAAGAAAGGCCAGCAUGCCAAGAAGCAGGUGCAGGGUGCUGCUACAGUUCAGCGAGCUCCACGAGCACUCUUCUGCCUCCAUCUCAACAACCCUAUCCGCAGGGCAGCACUCUCUAUAGUAGAGUGGAAGCCCUUUGAUAUAUUCAUCCUGCUUGCUAUUUUUGCCAACUGUGUGGCUUUGGGCGUGUCCAAACCCUUCCCUGAGGAUGACUCCAAUGCCACCAACCAUGACCUGGAGCAAGUGGAAUACGUAUUUCUGAUCAUCUUCACUGUUGAGACCUUUCUGAAGAUCCUGGCAUAUGGAUUAGUCAUGCACCCCAGCUCCUACAUCCGCAAUGGCUGGAAUCUCCUGGACUUUGUCAUCGUAAUUGUGGGACUGUUCAGCGUGGUCCUGGAGACAAUGACUCACAAGCCAGGUGAAGCUCAUCACAUGGCAGGCAAGCCGGGUGGGCUGGAUGUGAAGGCUCUCAGAGCAUUCCGAGUUCUGCGGCCGCUGCGGCUGGUCUCAGGAGUUCCUAGUCUCCAAAUUGUGCUGAACUCCAUUAUGAAGGCAAUGGUGCCCCUGCUCCACAUCGCCCUGCUGGUUUUGUUUGUUAUCAUCAUCUACGCCAUCAUCGGUCUAGAGCUUUUCAUCGGCAGGAUGCACAAAACCUGUUACUACAUUGGCACAGACAUCAAUGUUGAGGAUGAUCCUGUGCCAUGUGCAUUUGCGGGUCAUGGACGCCAGUGUCUGGUGAAUGGGUCUGAGUGCAGGGGCAAGUGGGAGGGGCCCAAUGGUGGCAUCACCAACUUUGAUAACUUCUUCUUCGCCAUGUUGACCGUCUUCCAGUGCAUUACCAUGGAGGGCUGGACCGAUGUGCUAUACUGGAUGAAUGAUGCUAUAGGGUUUGAGUUACCUUGGGUUUACUUUGUCAGUCUGGUCAUCUUCGGCUCCUUUUUUGUGCUCAAUCUGGUGUUGGGUGUGCUGAGUGGAGAGUUCUCCAAGGAGAGAGAGAAGGCGAAGGCUCGUGGGGAUUUUCAGAAGCUGCGUGAGAAGCAGCAGAUGGAGGAAGACCUGUGUGGAUAUAUGGAGUGGAUUACACAGGCUGAAGAUAUGGACGAGGACGACGAGGAUGGCAGCAGACGUCUCACUCUGGGGGACCUGGCUGACAAGAAGAGAGGAAAAUUUGGCUGGUUCAGUCAUUCCAAUGAAACUCAUGCAAGUCUGCCUGCCAGUGAGACAGCAUCUGAAAAUACAGAGAAUAUUGAUGAAGAGCACAAUGACUGCUGCACAGUCUGCUGCACUCGGAUAAUGAAAAAUCCACUGUGCCGGACAAUGCGUCGCUGGAAUCGUGCCUGCCGCAGGAACUGUCGUGUGGCAGUGAAGUCUGUCACCUUCUACUGGCUGGUGUUACUCCUGGUUUUCCUUAACACUGUCACCAGUGCCUCUGAGCACUACAACCAACCUGAGUGGCUCACGCAGGUCCAGGAUAUUGCCAACAAAGUACUGCUGUCUCUCUUCACUGUGGAGAUGUUGCUGAAGAUGUACAGUCUCGGCCUGCAGGUGUACUUUGUGGCAUUUUUCAACCGCUUUGACUGCUUUGUGGUUUGUGGGGGGAUCAUGGAGACCAUCCUGGUGGAGCUGGAGAUCAUGCCCCCCCUGGGCAUCUCUGUGCUGCGCUGCGUGCGCCUUCUGAGGAUAUUCAAAGUCACACGUCACUGGACAGCUCUUUCCAACCUUGUGGCCUCACUGCUGAAUUCAAUGAAGUCCAUUGCCUCCCUGCUGCUCCUCCUCUUCCUGUUCCUCAUCAUCUUUGCCCUGCUGGGGAUGCAGCUCUUUGGCGGGAAGUUCAACUUUGACGAGACACAGACCAAGCGCAGCACCUUCGACACCUUCCCACAAGCCCUACUCACCUGCUUCCAGAUCCUGACUGGUGAGGACUGGAAUGUGGUGAUGUAUGAUGGAAUCAUGGCAUAUGGAGGCCCCUACUUCCCUGGGAUGAUUGUCUGUAUUUACUUUGUCAUUCUGUUCAUCUGUGGAAACUAUAUCCUGCUCAAUGUCUUCUUGGCUAUUGCUGUGGAUAACUUGGCUGGAGGAGAUGGCGAUGACAAAAAGAAAGAAGACAAGAAAGAGGAGGAGAGUGAAGAGAUUAAGGUUGAUAUGGAUGAAUAUGAGGAAGAAGAAGAGCCAGAGGAGGGUGAGGAGGGAGAGGAAGGGGGGAACCAGCUGAAUAUUAAUGUAGCUGACUUUGCCCCACCCAAAGAAAAAGUCGUUCCUAUUCCUGAGGGUAGUGCCUUCUUCUGUCUCAGCAAGACAAACCCGUUCAGAGUUGGGUGCCACACCCUGAUUCAUCACCACAUCUUCACCAACCUCAUUUUGGUCUUCAUCAUCCUCAGCAGUAUCUCAUUAGCUGCAGAGGAUCCAAUCAGAGCACACUCCUUUAGGAACAAUGUCCUGGGCUAUGCUGACUAUGCCUUUACAUCCAUAUUCACCGUGGAAAUCUUACUGAAGAUGACUGUACAUGGUGCUUUUUUACACAAGGGCUCUUUCUGCAGGAACUGGUUCAACCUUUUGGACUUGUUGGUUGUUAGUGUGUCACUGGUGUCCUUCUUUCUGCAUUCAAGUGCAAUCUCUGUAGUGAAGAUUCUCAGGGUUCUGCGGGUGCUCAGACCUCUUCGAGCCAUUAACAGAGCCAAGGGCCUCAAGCACGUGGUGCAGUGUGUCUUUGUGGCCAUCAGGACCAUUGGAAACAUCAUGAUUGUCACAACGCUACUGCAGUUCAUGUUCGCCUGCAUUGGAGUGCAGCUCUUCAAGGGUAAAUUUUACCGCUGCACUGAUGAAGCAAAACAUACCCCAGAGCAAUGCAAGGGGACUUUUGUUGUCUACAAAGACGGAGAUGUGACCCACCCUAUGGUGAGGGAGAGAAUUUGGCAGAACAGCGACUUCAACUUUGACAACGUGCUGAUGGGCAUGAUGGCACUCUUCACUGUGUCUACAUUUGAAGGCUGGCCUGCACUUCUGUAUAAGGCCAUUGAUGCUAAUGGUGAGAACCAAGGUCCCAUCUAUAAUUACCGUGUGGAGAUCUCCAUCUUCUUCAUCGUCUACAUCAUCAUCAUUGCUUUCUUCAUGAUGAACAUCUUUGUGGGAUUUGUCAUCAUCACCUUCCGUGAACAAGGGGAGCAGGAAUACAAAAACUGUGAGCUGGACAAGAACCAGAGGCAGUGUGUAGAGUAUGCCCUCAAAGCCCAGCCUCUGAAGCUUUACAUCCCUAAAAAUCCAGUCCAGUACAAGUUCUGGUCCAUAGUGAACUCCACAGCCUUUGAGUACAUUAUGUUUGUUCUGAUCCUGCUGAACACCGUGACACUUGCUGUGCAGCACUAUGAACAGUCCAAACCUUUCAACUACACCAUGGAUAUCCUGAACAUGGUCUUCACAGGACUUUUCACCAUUGAAAUGAUCCUAAAAAUUCUGGCCCUCAGGCCCAGGCAUUAUUUUAUUGAUGCCUGGAACUCCUUCGAUGCUCUAAUCGUGGUGGGCAGUGUGGUGGACAUUGUGGUCACAGAAUUUAGUAGUUCUGAGGACAGUUCUCGAGUAUCCAUCACUUUCUUCCGCUUAUUUCGAGUGAUGCGAUUGGUUAAGUUGCUUAGCAAAGGGGAGGGCAUUCGAACGCUGCUAUGGACAUUUGUAAAAUCUCUCCAGGCCCUACCAUAUGUUGCCCUCCUCAUUGCUAUGAUCUUCUUCAUUUAUGCUGUCAUUGGCAUGCAGACUUUUGGGAAAAUAGCCAUGCGGGACCACACCCAAAUCAACAGAAACAACAACUUUCAGACCUUCCCACAGGCGGUACUGCUGUUGUUCAGAUGUGCUACAGGGGAGGCAUGGCAGGAGAUCAUGCUGGCCAGCCUGCCAGGGAAACUGUGUGACCCGGAGUCUGACUAUGAGCCAGGAGAGGAGUACUCAUGUGGGAGCAACUUUGCCAUCGUUUACUUCAUCAGUUUCUUCAUGCUCUGUGCUUUUCUGAUUAUUAAUUUGUUUGUUGCGGUCAUCAUGGACAAUUUUGACUACCUGACACGGGAUUGGUCCAUUCUUGGCCCCCAUCACCUGGAUGAGUUUAAACGGAUCUGGUCUGAAUAUGAUCCUGAGGCCAAGGGUCGCAUUAAGCACUUGGAUGUGGUGGCAUUGCUGCGCAGAAUUCAGCCUCCAUUGGGUUUUGGCAAACUGUGUCCUCACCGUGUUGCUUGCAAGAGGCUGGUGGCAAUGAACAUGCCUUUGAACUCUGAUGGCACAGUGACCUUUAAUGCCACGCUGUUUGCACUGGUUAGAACUGCUCUGAAGAUUAAAACAGAAGGAAACCCAGAGCAGGAGAAUGAGGACCUUAGGGUCAUCAUCAAGAAAAUCUGGAAACGCAUGAAACCCAAAAUUCUGGAUGAAGUCAUUCCACCACAUGAGGAGGAGGAGGUGACUGUAGGUAAAUUCUACGCCACCUUCCUGAUCCAGGACUAUUUCAGGAAGUUCCGCAAGAGAAAAGAGAAAUGUGGACUGGGGGAGCCAGAUGUCAACAACUCUUCUGCUCUGCAGGCAGGGCUGCGGACCCUACAGGACCUGGGGCCAGAGAUGAGACUGGCCAUGUCCUGUGACCUAGAAGAGGAGGAGGAAGAGGAGUUACUGGAGGAGGAGCAAGAAGAAGACAUAGCUCAUUUCAAGAAAAAUGGUGUGUUUGCAAGUCCCAAUGACAUCAUCUCUAAAGAGAGACAUGGCUCUGUGGUUCCAUCCUCCCCCAGCACUCCAGGGCUGGCUCCAGCGGAGGGCUUGUCCAAUGGGGGGGUGUCUCACAAGUCUGUCAGCCUGCCCAAAACAGCCAAUGGAGGGGGUGUGAGGGAGCCUGAGGGCUCUGGAGGGCCUGAAGAAGACAGGCUUUCCUCUCACCAUCACCCCCCCCCAUCGUCAUCCCCCAAACAAGAAAGGAUUUAAGGACCUGCCACCCCAGGCUGUCUCUAACAGGCAAGUCAGAGCAGGACAUAAAUAAGCAGUGAAAACAUAAUUACAAAUACUGGAGCUGCUAUGGAUAUAGCAGACAAACCCACAGCCUACAUUUACAUAGACACAUGUAAUUUUACUUUUCUUUACCUAAUUACUGCUCAUAAUAAUGAACAAUGGUAUGACAAUAGACACCAAAAUCCAGUUAGAUCUGUUUCAUGUGAAAUAUUAUGGUAAGAGGCAGCGUAAUCAAACUGAUACAAAUGAAUGAAGCUAUUUCACAUGUGUAAAGAUGUAUAAAGUAUAAUUUUCUGCUAUAUAGCUUCCACAGUGGUACAAUGAGAAAUAAAAGGCUGGGGUAAGAUGCAGACUGAAGACCCACCCCUUCAGACUGCAUCUCGAUCCCACUUCAGU